AUGGCUUCGAUUGCGGCGUCUCCAGGUACGCGAUCGUCGUCGCUGUUCCCCCCCUCCUUCUCCGUCUUCCCCCCCCCGCUUCUAACCCCCGUCUCUCUGUCCAUCUCUAUAUGUUACCAGUGUUUCCCCCCAGUCUCAAGCGCUCGCGUCUCGGCGACUCGCUCGACCUCUCGCGAAAAAAAACGCCAGCGACGAGGGAGCGAUGCCAUUGGUCAAAAUGAUGCCAUCGACGAAUCGGAUGUCGCCAAGUACAGUCAGCGCCAUGUGGAAUACUUUGAGCAAGUCAAACAAGCGGAACUCGCUCGCGUCCGAGCCGAGUGCGAGCACCUGAGGAUGGCCAAAGACGCGGACCUCCAGCGCCUGGGCCACGAGCUGCAGCAGACACAGGAGCGGGUUGCGCUGCAGGCCCAAGACGUGGCUCGGAUCCAAGCAGAGAACAAGCUGCUGAAACGGGCUGUGGCCAUCCAGAACCAGCAAAAGGACGAGGUCCUGCAGGAGAACCACGUGCUGAAACAAUUGGCCACGCAGGCUGCGGAGCACAUGCGGCGUCUCGAGCAGGCGAACUAUACGCUUCGAGUCCAUUUGCAGACGAGCACGAGUGCCGUGAUUGGCCACCGUCAGCCUCCGGACGUGUACUAG